UUCCUACAAAGCCACCCCUUGUAUUAUUCAAUGAUAGGACUAGAUUCUCCAAGUCUUAUUUUCACAUUUCAUUUACACAAAACAAAACAAACACCAACCAACCCUCCUCCCUCCUCCUUCCUCCACCACUGGCCGCCAUGUCAGCCGAACCCAUUUUCCGGGAAAAUCCCAGCCGGAAAAUCCUCUUCCUCCUCUCCUUCCUCUCUCUCAUUUCUCUCUCCAAAACCAACGACCUCCAAUCCCUUCUCAAAUUCAAAACCUCACUACUAAAUUCAAACACAAAUGUAUUCAAUACAUGGACUCCAAAUCAAAACUCAUUCUGCAACUUCACUGGAAUCACUUGCAACUCCGACCAAACUGUCAAAGAAAUCAAUCUCUCUCAACAAAAUUUAUCUGGAACUCUUCCUCUCGACGCAAUUUGCUCUCUUCAAUCCAUUGAAAAACUCUCUCUGGGUUCGAAUUCAUUGUAUGGAAUUGUUACUGAAGAAUUGUCGAAUUGCACUAAAUUACAGUACUUGGAUUUGGGUAUGAAUUCAUUCGCCGGAAUAUUCCCGGACUUGUCUUCUUUAACCCAACUCAAGUUCUUGAAUUUGAACCACAGUGGAUUUUCCGGCCAGUUUCCAUGGAAAUCGCUGGAAAAUCUUACUAGUCUUGAAUUCUUGAGCCUCGGUGACAACCCAUUUGAUUGGCGUCCAUUUCCUCUGGAGAUUUUAAAUCUUCACAAAUUGUAUCGGGUCUACCUCACAAACUCUAGUCUUCAAGGAGAAAUUCCUGAAGGAAUUGGAAACCUCACUCUGCUUCAAAAUCUUGAGCUUUCCUAUAACCAACUUUCAGGGAAAAUCCCAGAGGGAAUCACAAAACUGAAGAACCUCUGGCAGCUCGAGCUUUAUUCAAAUCAGCUCUCGGGAAAAUUUCCAAAUGGGUUCGGAAACCUCACAAAUUUGAUCAAUUUCGACGCUUCGACUAACAGUCUUGAAGGAGACAUCUCUGAGACCAAAUAUUUGACAAAGCUAGUCUCAUUGCAGCUAUUCGAAAACAAAUUCUCGGGUGAAAUUCCGAUUGAAUUGGGAGAAUUCAAGUCCCUCACAAACCUCUCUCUGUACACCAACAAGCUCACAGGCUCAAUUCCUCCGAACAUUGGAUCGUAUGGCAACUUCACAUACAUCGACGUUUCGGAGAACUUUCUGACGGGUUCUAUACCGCCUAACAUGUGCAAAAAUGGCAAAAUGAGUGAGCUUCUCAUGCUUCAGAACAAGUUCACCGGUGGGUUACCGGAAAACUAUGCGAAUUGCUUGUCGUUGAAUCGUUUACGAGUAAACAACAAUUCACUUUCAUUAAAAGAGUUUUAAUUUGACUUGAUUUAGUAGCCGAAUUUAUCAAUCAUUGAUCUCACUAUGAACCAGUUUGAAGGUCCAUUGUCCAACAAUGUCGGCGAGGCCAAGUCUUUAGCACAGCUCUUUCUUUCGCACAAUCAAUUUUCCGGUGAAUUACCAGCCACAAUCUCGGAAUCUACCUCUUUAGUGGACAUUGAGCUGGGUUCGAAUCAAUUUUCUGGUGAAAUUCCGGCAACAAUUGGCAAUUUGAAGAAACUGAGCAAUCUUCAUUUAGAAAACAACUUGUUUUCUGGUACUAUUCCAGAGUCUUUAGGCUCGUGUGUUUCUCUAAGUGACAUAAACCUCGCUGGAAAUUUGUUUUCCGGCAAGAUUCCGGCCAGUAUUGGUUCUUUAAGGAGCCUGAACUCCUUAAAUCUGUCGCACAACGAACUUUCCGGGGAAAUUCCAGUGAGUUUAUCCUCGCUAAAACUUAGCAUUCUUGAUUUGUCAAACAAUAGGUUGAUGGGUCGUAUACCGGAUUCUUUAUCGAUUGAAGCAUUUGUCGGUGGCUUUGCUGGAAACCCGGGGCUUUGUGGUGACAAUAUGAGGAAUCUCCAGCCAUGUUCGUCAGAUUCCGGCAAGUCCAGCAAUGUUCGGACGGUUAUAUCUUGCUUUGUAGCUGGGGCAGCUGUCUUGUUUGUGUCACUUGCAUGUUUCAUGUAUGUUAAGUAUAAAUAUAAGCCGGAAAAUCACGACCUUCCGAUCAAACGAUACAGUUCUUUGGAUAUGAAACAAUUCCAUAUGUUGAGCUUCACUGAAGAGGAAGUCAUGAAUGCAAUCAAAAAGGAAAAUUUGAUUGGCAAAGGUGGGUCAGGAAAUGUGUACAAAGUCAUGCUAAGCAAUGGCAAACAAUUGGCUGUUAAACAUAUUUGGAAGUCAGAUUCCGGUGACCGGAGAAGCUGCCGGAGCAGCUCAGCGAUGAUUCCUAAGGGAAAUCUUCGGUCACUGGAAUAUGAUGCCGAGGUGGCCACGUUGAGCUCGAUUAGGCAUGUGAAUGUAGUGAAAUUAUAUUGUUGCAUCACAAGCGAGGACUGGAAUCUAUUGGUUUACGAGUACCAGCCCAAUGGGAGUUUGUGGGACAGGUUGCACACAUGUCAGAAGAUCCAGAUGGAUUGGGAGGUGCGGUACGAGAUUGCAGUGGGGGCUGCCAAAGGGCUUGAGUACUUGCAUCAUGGGUGUGAUAGGCCAGUGAUUCACCGAGAUGUGAAAACAAGCAACAUCUUGUUGGAUGAGCAAUUGAAGCCCAAGAUUGCAGAUUUUGGCCUAGCAAAAGUUGUGCAGCCAAAUGGAGUUUGGGAUUCUACCCACAUUAUUGCAGGGACUCAUGGUUACAUAGCUCCAGAAUACGCAUACACAAGCAAGGUGAACGAGAAGAGUGAUGUAUAUAGCUUUGGGGUGGUGCUGAUGGAACUAGUGACAGGAAAGAGGCCUGUUGAGCCAGAGUUCGGAGAGAACAAAGACAUAGUCCAGUGGGUGUGCGGAGAGAUGAGAAGAAAAGACAGCUCGAUUCAUUUGGUGGACGCAGCCAUCUCAAAGGCCAUGAAGGAAGACGCUGCCAGGGUGUUGAGAAUUGCAGUUCAUUGCACAAUGAAGACUCCGGCACUGAGGCCUUCCAUGAGGAUGGUAGUGCAGAUGUUGGAAGAGGCCGAGCCUUGUAAUUUGACAGGCAUAAUUGUCAAUAAAGACGGUGAAAACAGUAAGAGCUGAGGAAUUGAAGCACAAUAGCAAGUUCAAUGACAGAGAUUCACUUGGAGGAGUAGGUCUUAAUCUGGGGACCAACAAGUCUCUUAGUGGUUAUAGCACAGUAGACAAUUCAAGUGAAGAUCAGAGUUACAUUGCAGGCCUCAAUUUGUCGUCAGUAGAUCAACAAGAAGUCUAUUAGCUUGUAUGAUCAGAUUGUAAUGUUUAUUUGGUAAGAAAUUCAAAUGCCAAGCUUGCUAGUUUAGCUCUUCUUAGCCUGUAAGAGAGUGAAGCAGAGAGAGACGUAUGUAAUGAUAUGAGACAAUUUUUUUUAUUCCA